CUGAUUGUCAUCAUGUCAUCUGGAAAACGCCAUAACAUCAUAAAUUUUACUUUAUUUACAUUCUUUGUUAUUGUUGUUACAGUGCUUUUUCCUAAUUCUUGUGUUUUCCUAACUGUUAAUCAACUUUAAACUCUCUUGAUAAAUUAAGUAACUUCUGCUAUUCAAACCCACACACUUUGGCUGCCAUUCACCGUUUAUAUCAAACUGUUUUGACAUUCUCAAAUAAUCGCUUGGCUUGAGAUCGAAUUCCAAGUUCAGUGGUAAAGUGUAAAGCAUCAAGAUGAUGACCACGUUAAGCUCUGAGGGCUCUUCCAGCAAUAGCACAGCGCCAGGAAUAUUUCACGUUUCUGGCCAUGUAUCUGGUAGCACCAGUUCAGAUGGUCAUAGAUGCCCACUGUGUAAAAAAUUCCAGAAGUGCUUCUACUGUAAGGAUUGCAUUCAAGGGGGUUACAUUGCUGCCCAUUUUGAAAGCUUGAAUAGCAUUCGCUUAUCACUCGACGACUUAACUGAGAAGAAACGGAAAAUUGAGCAAAGUUGCUUACAAUAUCUGGAAAAUAAACAGAAAGCUGACAUACUGGUAAGAGCUAGUAAACUACGUUUAAAACAAACGAAGAUUCGUCAAGUACGAGACAGGAAUCGUAUAAUAUCUUUGGCUCUGGAAGAAAAGCGACAGAAAAAAGAAGAGUUAAACCAGAAACUGGUAAAAAUGGCAGCAGAGAAUAAGGAGCGAGGUGAAAGGCUGGGGCAUUUUAAGACGAAAAACGAGAUGAUGGAGGACUACAUUUCGCGGAAACACGAAGAUUUAACGGGUGCAAAAGAGAAACUAAAUAAGCAGUAUAAAGAUCUCACUGACUUGGUUCGAUUGAGGGUGGAACAACUAUUUCAAUUCGUCUUCCCUAUUACUGAGAGCUGGAGCCAUAUCUCUUGUAGAGAGUUAGAGUCUAGUGGAGAGUCUAGUCGGCCGGCUAAAGAAAAAUGGGUCUAUGCGGAUGAUUCCAACGAAGUUCAGUAUAAAAUAGUGAAUCCUUCUUUACCGGGAAGUGGAAAUUAUUCGAAUUAUACCUUAUGGGCAAAAUGUGAUGGAGUACCAAUGUCAGAAGAUGUAAACCAAAUGGCUGGAAAUCCUGCUCUAAACAUUGCAACAGCUCUUGCCUACACCGCUCAACUACUAAACGUGUUGUCGUUUUUCUUGGACGUUCGGCUUCCGUACAAAAUAAUUUAUAGCGAGUUUAAUAGUACCACACUAACCGAGCAGCAGUUUUCGAAGAAAGUGGCAAAGUUAAACGCGAACAUUUUGUACUUGUGCAUAUCGCAAAACGUUGAAAUCAGUUCCCUAAGUCCAAACAAAACAAUACAGAACCUUCUCAAGUUGCGCAAUAAUAAAACUACACAGUUGGGCAGCCAAUUGCCUAUGGAAAUGAACGAUCAACAAGCUGAACAAUUAGAAAAACUCAUUCCCAGCGAUAUCAAGGCAACCGAUUCUGACUCGGAUGAGAUGAGCGAUUGGGAAGCGUUGCCGCAAGGCGUGCAAUGUCCUGAAGCCGCUCCCGGACCAGCCACAGUGCCAACAAGCGUUAUGAACUCUCAGCAAGCAAGCAGUCUAGCAGGGGGCUUGGUAACCAGUGCCGUGGCCAGCGUGGCUUCAAUUUGGAGAGGAUUUACUGGGCGGUAGUUUUUAUGGUUUAUUUUCGUACUCCGCAGGUUUAACUUUAUUUAGUAAAAUUCUCAUUGAACUGGAAUACGCAGAGAUUUUUUCUGUAAUGCUCACAAUAAGCCACGAUUAUUAUCGGUCAAUAGCGUUUUAUAUUACUUUAAAUUUAAUAUUAAGGAAGCAGAGUGUGUUUGUUUCUGAAUUGAAUCGGCGACUCAUGCAUAAUUGUCCUACAAAAUGUACGGUGUUUGUUUCAGUGGGAUAAAAACUUUUUAUAUCUGCAAUCUGUUCCGUACUGUUCACAUUUUUUUAAAACAAUUACACAGAGGAAUGUUACUUUGUGUAAUCUUGUCAAUAUUUUUAAAAAGACAAUGUUCUAAAACGUGUGAGUUCAAAUAUAUUACACCUCGUACCUGGAAAUAUUAUGAAUGCUCUUAAAGUCAGAGCAAAUAUAUUGGAGUACUUAAUGGUGGUAAGGAAUCACCGAUUCAAUUCCAAGCGAAAAUGUAACUCAGAUAUGUCCGAUUAUUAAUUUCUCGUUUAUUUAACUUGCCCGAAUCAAUGGGGCGCUAAUACAGAAUGUAGCAAUUUAAUUCGAAACCAUAAAAAUGUCCUAAUUGCUAUUGAACUUGAAGUGAUAGUAAAAACGGACGGCUAACGGCCUAGUCGAAAGCGACAAGUUAAACAAAAUCAAAUAUUUCAGUCUGUAUCUAAUCCAAAAUCCUGCUUCACUUUUCCUAGAGUUGAUUGAGGAAUUGAUUGUUCAUUUCUGUUGGCAUAUAAGUUCCUUUCUGAUACAGGAAAUAUUCAUUUUGUGUUGUCGAACUGUUCAUGCAAGCGUUUUGCGAAAUUUACUAGUCGCUAUCUAUACGCAUGCUACUUUUUAUGAAAGAAUGAAAAAUCACUUUUUUAUAUAUAAAAGUUUCUUUUUUGAGACAAAGUCAAAUAUAAAAAGCGAGCCAAAUGCUUAGGGGUUCCAGCCGAUGAUUCACUUUUAGGUCAAACAUUGGUUAAUUUUCACUUUGAUAAAAAAAAAAAGAUCAACUGAGAUUUAGGAGAAUGAAGGCCAACUGUGUAUCCUUUGAAGACGCUUCAUUUUGGAAACAUUUUGAUUGGAACUCAUUCAUUAAAUGGGGACAUCUUUAAAUUGCACAGCUAAAUUAACCAUGUUUUCUGCAAAUUAAAUAAAAUUGUAAGAUGACUUUCUUAAACGCUAAAAUUUUGUUUUCCUAAAUAGUGAGUUCUAAGAGCGUAUCCUCAAACUAUAGUGCCUAAUUUCGAGCACUGAAUUAUUAGAAACUUCGCUUUCUAUUGAUUUCAAUCAUUUGAAAAAAGUUUGAUGAGCGGCAUAAAAAUCAACGAUCUGAGUUAAUUGACAUUGUUGAUUGUACAAAUUAACAUAGUAGGUAAAUUAUAUUUAUUUUCCUUUGACCGUAGUUUUAAGUUAAUGUUACAUGUUCUGAAUACAACGUUCGAAGUGCUUCUCGGAUCUAUGAGGUUGAUUGAUAAUAAGCAAAGUACCGUAGCUUAAAUGAUGUCUGUAGUAAAAAUAUUUGAGAUGUUACGAAUCACUUGCAUGCACGGAAACCCGUUAAAUCGGCGCCAUGUUUCACAUGUUAAAGCUAAUAGAUCACCAUUCUUAUUUAAGGUAAUUUAAUAACAAACUAUACUUAAUGAAAUUUAUGCAUAAUA